AUGUGUCAGCCUGGCCACGGCAGCCGGAGCGUCCGCAGCGCCCUGCGGCUGCUCCGCACGGCAGAGCGGCCGCGACCUCCCGGGCCUGCGGCACAGGCGGCUCCUGCGCGCAGGGCUGUGGCAGGCGAUGUGUCAGCCUGGCCACGGCAGCCGGAGCGUCUGCAGCGGAGCCUGCAGCUGAGAGCUCUGCCCGCUUCGCCCGCAGCCCCUCCUCGGCUCCGCAGAGCCAGGGGUGACAGGCUGCUGUGCCAGCUUGGCUUCUGCUUACGCCUGCACUUCCCGGAGCUGCUGUGCCAAGCGUUUUCCUGCCAGCGGCUCAGCCGUGCUCGCUGCCCGCGGCACCGCAAGGUGCCCGGCCGGGCCCGGCGUGUGCCCCGGGCCGCGGGCAGGCCGGCCCAGCCCCACACGGCGGGCCGGUUCCCAUUGCGGGGCCGCGGCCCGGGAAUGGUUCCACCGUUGCCAAGGGCAGAACCCGAGCGCUCGGAAUUCCUGCGCGCUGUGAGUGACUCCCGCCUGGCCACCGAGCAGCUCCACGAUGCCGAAGCGAGCACACUGCUGGCCGUGCCACGGGCCGCAGUGGCAGCGCCGGCGGCGCCCGUGCCAGGCAGCGCGCUGUCAGACAGGGAGUACGAGCAGUUCUUCUCCAGGCUGCACCCGCCCUGGCAGGCCAACAUGUUCUGCCUGCUGCGCCAGGCCUACGGCUGCCUCAGCCCCAGCAUCCUACACCUGGACCAGGACGAGAACCACGGGGAAAUCCCCGAAGGGCCAGUCUGCUCUGAAUUUCCAGAGGUAGUGCAGUUCCAGACCUUCUGCCAGUUCGCCCAGUACCGCUGCCUCAAACAGCAGUUCUUCAUCAAGCUUUCUGUCUGGCCUCCAAAAGCCACCCUCGGCCGCUCCAUGCCUUGUGUCAGCACCCAGGAGCAGGCUGUUCUGUCACCUGCUGAUGCCCUGCUGCAGGACAGCGUGGCAGAGCUUCUCAAGUUCUCUCCUGCGCUGUUAGCUCAGGAACCGUGGCCGACGAAGCACCCCAUAGCCACGCCACAGGUGCCCACGCCCUGGCAGGAGAGCAGGACUGUGCACACACCAAAUUUCUGGGCUGCCACCUCACCUUCCAGGACGGAAUCCCCUGAUGAACAAAACCUGAGAAAAAGCAUCUGGCAGCUGAUCCAUUCGGCCCUCUCCUUGGAUGCAUCCUUGGACACCAAGGCCGCCUUUUGGAACUUCACCAGCCCGAGCCCAGGACGCACAUCAGAGCAGGGAAUUCCCCCCCGAGGCAGCCUUCUGGCCCUGCAGAAUGAUGAGGCAGUGCUGAUCCUGUGCUACGCAGUGCUGGAGGGAAAUUGCCUCUCAUCGAUGCUCACCAUGGCCUGGAAGGAGAUGGAAAAAAGAAUCUUUGGGUUCGGAGACUCGGUGUGUGACAACCUUGGGCGGCACCACGUGGACCUGUGCCCCGACUGCGCGUUCUGCUCGCUGAAGAGGGAGCAGUGCCAGAACAUCGAGACCCUGAACCGCGUCCACUGCGACUCAGACAGCUUUGUCACCUACAUCAACCCCGAGAUCUCAGCCCAGCAGGGGCACACAGAGGGCAAGUCCAGGUCCUCACAGACCCUGGAGGACUACAACAUGGACUUUUUGAGAGGGAUGAGGAUGGAGUACUGGUGCAGCCGGAUGGCCGUCUAUGGCUGUAAGGACCCUGCUGUGACCCUCUGGCUGAAGACAGAGUAUGACACCUUCCCAGACGUGGAUGGCUCGGGAAAGAUCUGUGACUCGAGCGGGGUUCAGCAUCCCAACUACUGCAUGUUCAAGAGCUACCAGUGCCUCCUGAAGAGCAUCUACAACGAGAGGGUGUUUCGCGUGGAAUGCAGGCCUAACAAGACCUACCGGGUGCUGAGUGCGAGGGAGGGACGCAAGGAGGUGCAGCUGUGGCAAGAGAGGUUCCAGAGCCUCUCCAGGAAGCAAUCAAAAAAUGAUUAA